AUGCAACACUCUGGCCAAGAACCUGUUCUCACACCAGAAUCAUCAUCGCCACCGCGCCCCAUCCACUACCUUAGCCUUCCAGUUACAACAGCAACUCCAAGUGAAGAUGUGGCGGACAUUCCUUCGACCACUUCGGACUGUGGCAGCAUGCAGGCGACGACAGCAGGUGGAAGCUAUGUCGAUGCUAGUCACUGGGCUGCGAUCCUCGAUGGCAUCGCAGAAAUAAGGGACCAUUUUGAGAAAGAAGAAGAGGCUUCACUUGCCCAUUAUCGUGCCUUUGAACCGCAUAGCACCGACUUGAAAUGCCCACAGUUGCUUUAUGGCUGCCCUAAACUUGCAACCAAGGAAGAGAUUCUUGCGGCGAUGCCCGCCCGGCAGGUUGUUGAUCGGCUAGUAUCGCGAUACUUUAACUCUUUUGAGAUGUCUCCCGCCGUGCUGCAUAGCGUUCAGUUUCUCAAGGAGUACGAGGAGUUCUGGGAGAACCCCACGGCUACUCCUAUUAUAUGGCUUGGGCUCCUCUUCACCAUCAUGUGUCUGGCGGCUCAGUUCCAGAUGUCGAGAUCAGGCCCUGGACUCCAAACUCCAGAGACGAUGUCCAUGGAGCAAGAACUCCAGAGCAUGAUAGAGGCUUUUAGGCAGAAAACGAUACAAUGCCUCGUACUCGGAAAUUAUGCUCAAGGAGGGCCUUACGUGCUAGAAACUUUGAUGCUGCACAUUGCCGCUGAGCUAUUCAUUCGUAACGAUGCCGAGAUCGGUUUGUGGAUACUCUUAGGCACAAUAGUUCAGCUUGCAAUGCACAUGGGCUAUCACAGAGACCCCAGGCAUUUCAAGGGCAUGUCCCCUUUCACAGGUGAGAUGCGCAAGCGGGUAUGGGCAACCAUUGUCGAACUCGACCUUGGUAUUUCCGCGCAAAUGGGCCUCCCGCGGCUCAUCAAGCAAUGGCAUACCGACACCAGCGAGCCCUCAAACUUGCAAGACGCCGACUUUGACAAAACUACAACGGAGAUGCCCCCAUCACGACCGGAGACUGAAUUUACGCCCAUGCUCUAUCGCCUCGUAAAAGCGCGGAUCAUGAAAGUUAUCGGGUUCAUCUGGGAUUUUGCGGGCGACGUCAGGCCGCAUAGCCACAACGAAGUGACGAGGAUGGAAACGAUGCUCCAAGCCGCCCGCGAGUCCAUCCCCGAAUGCGUCAGGUGGCACUCCAUGGCACACUGCAUUACGGACUCGCCACGAGUUGUCUUGCAGAAGCUAGUCCUCGAGAUAAUUUAUCACAGAGCACGAAUCGUCCUCCAUCGCAAGUAUCUGCAAUAUUCGCCAACGAAAACUCAGCAACAUGCCCGUUCCCGACAGACAUGUCUCGGCGCAGCACUCAAACUUUUAGACUACCAGCAUAUGAUACAUGGGGAGACGCUGCCGUUUGGCCGGCUCUAUCAGGACCGGUGGAAGGUUUCUUCUUUGGUCAAUCACGACUUUCUUCUCGCGACGAGCAUCCUUUGCUUUUACCUGCAGCAGACUCGGGCGGAUGAUACUCAAGCACCUAUGGCGAAGACUAUUGAGGAAUCCCUAAAGCGGUCGCACGACAUUUGGAUUCAGUCGAGUAGCUCAUCAAAGGAGGCACAAAAGGCUGCCAAAGCAUUGAAUGUGAUCCUGAAACGCCCUAAUAGUACUUUGAGGCCAGACUCCGAUAUAGAAAGCGGUGCCCUACUCGAAAGUCUCUCAUUCUCCGUUUACAAUCGUCCCGGCGACUAUGUCCAAGACAACACCCACUUGCCAGUCUUCGACGUCACGACGCCGAUGAGCUGGGAAAAUCCGGCCAGGGAGCUCAUGGGUUUCUUCCCGGCAGCAUCUCCAGCCACCGCUACCAGUUGGCAGAUGAUGGAUGGCGAGGGACUAUAA